AUGGAGGAGAACCCAGUAGAAUCUGAUGACGACGUCCAGAAGGCGCACAGGACCACACUUCUGUGGGAAAAGCAAAUUCAGCAAAGCAUUGUGGUGGACCUCAGCGAGGAUGAAAGCCUUCACCUCAGUGACCUGCAGGCUUCUUCUUUAGCUUUUCAUCUCACGCAGGAGAAGUGUGCAAGGUCAGAGGCCAGUGUCCAUCUCAAUGAAAGUGCUGAGCGAUCAGUUGUGGAUGAUACCUACUCAGGUUUCAGUGUGGUCAGGAGUGAGAACAUCCACUCAAACUUGCAAAGACACAACACCAUGCAAGAUGAGGAGACUAUGCACCAGGAGUAUGAAGACCCGGGGCAGAAUACCAGCGAUGAGGAUCAGGAGGACCUGCCAUAUGACGGAGAGCUGGGCAGUCCUUACUUCACCCGUAUGGUAAACGUGAUAUCUGAUGAAGGAAAAACUGUGCUUCAGUCGCCUGAAAAUGUGGAGAAACAAGCAACUUUACCGCAAGAGGUUGCCAGUGAGGGAGCACCAACACACACCCGCCCUGCAGUUGACCUCAACCAGCUGUUGCUGCGCCAUUUGGUCCGGGAGGAUUUGCUGCCGAUCGAAGCGGAGACUCUACCAGAGGUGUCCCUGCUGGAGAGCGUAGACGACCUUCUCUGCAGCGCCUCAACAUGCGUCAACACUGCGGCGCUGAGCAGUAUCUCUGAGAGAGAGAAGCCUUCCGAGGAGACAUAUCCUGACAACACCAGUCCUGAGCGCAAAGUGUGUGAUGUUCUCACCAGGGAUGUCUCUCAUUUGCGCAGAAGGUCCUUUGGCGACAUCAAGUACGGCCAGGGUCAAGUCCAUUACCCGCUCCCUGACUUCUCCAAAGUAGCUCCUAAGGUGAAAAUCCCAAAGGCUUCCACUUGUGUUCCUCAAGUCCCCAGUCCUAUGAUCAGGGCCCAGUCCUCCCCGGAGAUGUUAGACGUGAUCAGCAGAGUCCUGGAGGAUUCAGGCCAGCCAUCAGAGAAUCCUCAACUCUUUAAAGACACACAUCAGCAGACUGGUCCUGCACCGAGGCAUCACCUGCAGGCUGAAUAUGAUAAAUUACUGGCCAAAUAUGGCCAGGCUGAAAAUCUCAUAGACAGAAUGAGGCUGGGAAGCAAACCCUCUUCCGACAUUUGCAUUGAGAAUGAGGAGAACGAUACAGCAAACCUAAAGGAAGGAAGCCAUGUUGGACCUGUAGCAUCUCACAUUCCAACACCAGUUGAAAAUCAGGUGAUCACGUCCGAUGAGGCCAGUGAUGCUGAAAAAAUGGCCGCUGAGCUGAGAGACAUUAUCAGCCAGUUCAUGCAGACGGUGGAUGACUUCAAGCAGAGAGUGAGCAACAGGUCGCUCAGCACAAAAGAGCAGCAAACGAUGUUGAGGAGCUUGACGGAAGCCCAAGACCAGUUGGAAAGAAAAUACAUGAGCAAGAAGGAGGAGCACAGAUCUCUGGAGAUGCAGAAUAAUCUGGGCCUGAGCAGAAAUAUUGGAUCCUUCGACCCAAACAGGCUGGUCGAGGGAGAUAUUUUCAGGGUGGGCAUGCACCUCGAGGACAUAAAGGAAAUGAUCGACAAAAACAUGUGCGAGCAGAUCAUCCCUCCCCUCUUAUUAUCUACUCCAAAGGCAGUGACCAUGAAGACCACGCCUCCAUCGUCACUACAUGAGGGCUCAAGUGCAGCUUUGACCACUGAAUGUUUGAAAAUGGCGACACAGACGAACACUGAAAAACGCACCAGUGGAGAAGAUGAGUUAUUAGACGAAAUGAGUGAGCUCAUAACUGAUGACGUAUUAAAGAGCAGCAACAGGCUUUCUGUUUUCCCUGUGGAAGGGCACCCAGAAGCUGAAGGUGAAGCUGAGAGAAAAGCAGGGAUAGGUAGCAGUCAGCAAUGGACACCUGGAAGUGGUACCCAGGAUGGUAUUCAGAACUCAAACCUAGAAUGUGACUUUGUGGAUGGUGUCAGUCUGCUUGUGGGCUCCUCUUCCCCUGAUGCAUGCUCACCAUCACUAUCACAGGGAAUUGUUUGCAGAGAGACAGACAGUGGUUUCGGGAGCUCCUACUUUAUUAAAUUGGGAGGGACAUUGCAGCCUAUUUCUCCAACAGAAAGCGUUCACAGUGAUGGACUUAGUGCCUCAGACAGCGAAGGCUCCUCCCUCAACCUGCAGACAACCAUCCAUCCAUCAGAUGCGAACAGCUGGCAGCGGACCAGCGUCAAUUCACCGGUACGAGCAGAUGCGGUGGAUCUGUGGGUGCAAAGUACCACUAAAGACUCAGUCAAACUGCUGGGCUCUGAUGCAAGCCAUCACUACACCUCUGAAGCUAUGAAUGGAGAACCGAACAAACAGCACCAGUGCUCCUGUGAUGGUGUGGUUAUCCAAGCUUUGCAGGAAGAUGUAAGAGAGCUGAAGAAGAAUCUAGAAGGUCUGGCACAGAAGAUGGAUUACCUGGCCUUUAAAUACAGGCAGGAGCGUAGGUCCAAUUCUAAACCAAGGACCUACCAGAAGCUAUCUAGAUGGCAGCAAACGAGUCAGUUAAGACGGGAAGACUGGAUUUCAACAGAUAUGGACCCAAGCAAGAGCAAAGGAACGGACAGUAGUUGCACAUCCUGCUCUGAGAUGACGCUGCGCUUACACUAUCCACCUGCGGGAGGCGAUAGAGGCAAUUCAGUUUCAGGACAAUUGCAGGAGAAGCUGCAAACCAAUGGAGUGGCAGACAGUAGUUGCACAUCCCGCUCUGAGAUGACGCCGCGUUUACACUAUCCACCUGCGGGAGGCGACAGAGUCAAUUCAGUUUCAGGACAAUUUCAGGAGAAGCUGCAAGCCAAUGGAGUAUCAGAUGGAAGCACCUUUGGUCUUAUGGAAUCUUGUUCGAAGAGAGAAAGAGACAAUCCUUCCAAACAGAGGACACAGAAGGCCAACUUGGAAAGAUGGUGUCCGUCCACCCAAAGAGCAUUUCUCCAGGUCGGCAAUGCUUCCUCCUGCAGUCUACCUGCCAGCUACGAAGUGACGGAACCUCCGGUUUAUUCCUUGUCUCGACCCCGGAAGCGUUCCACCCAUUCGGACACAGCACUCCUACCCAGCAAUGUGUACUUUCAGCAGACACUGUCAAGGCCUGGCAACAGACAAACCGGAAGAAAGGAGGGCAUCAACGCCACUUUGUGCCACGCUCUCGAGGAAGCUCGCAACCUGAAUAAGAAAGCAGACCACAUGUUCAGGAGACUGACAGAAGACCUGGUCCAAGUUCAAAUCUUGUCGCAGGAGUGUGUGCAACAUUCAGCCAGUAGGAGGCAGGACACGACUCAUCAUGGAAAACAGAGCAGCUGGACCAGCAGAAACACAUCUUCUGAGAAGCUGCGUAAUUGUAACUUAUUUAAUGACGAGUAUUCAUAGCUGUUCUGCUAUCUAAUAAAAAUAACUACACCAGUUGACAUACACGCUGAUAACUUAAAUGUUUUAAUUAACUCCUAUGGCGAAUAUUA